AUGUUGGAUUUUUUUUGGUUGCUACUCCUUGCUUUCACCGGGUUGGUGAGCUCGGACCAUGCUCUUGCCUCUGAUUCAGCCAAGAACAUAUUUUUAUUAGCCGGACAAAGUAAUAUGGCUGGCCGAGGAGGCGAGGUUCAUCAGAGAUGGGACGGUGUUGUCCCACCUGAAUGUCAUCCCAACCCGUCAAUCCUCCGUUUAAGUGCCGGACUUUCCUGGGAAGAGGCCUGUGAACCACUCCACAAGGACAUUGACGUCAGUAAAAUUUGUGGGGUUGGACCAGGGAUGCCAUUUGCCCAUUAUAUUUUGGACAAGAACUCGAGCAUUGGGGUGGUGGGUCUAGUCCCUUGUGCCAUUGGAGGGACCAAGAUAAGUCAGUGGGCUCUCGGUACCUACUUUUACAAGCAGCUGGUGAGGAGGGCUAAAGCGGCCCUGCACUGUGGUGGGACCAUCAGAGCACUUCUAUGGUAUCAAGGUGAGAGUGACACAGUGACUUUAGAGGGUGCGAAGUUGUACAAGAGGAGAUUAGAGAAAUUUAUUACUGAUCUACGCCAUGAUUUACAGUCUCCAACCCUCCCGGUGAUCCAAGUGGCAUUAGCGUCAGGAGAAGGAAGUUACAUAGAGGAGGUAAGAGAAGCUCAGCUGGGAAUUGACCUUCCGAAUGUGAGAUGUGUGGAUGCAAAGGGAUUGCAGCUGCAACCUGGUAACUUGCACCUCAGUACUUUUGCCCAGGUUCGUCUUGGAGAGAUGUUAGCUAACGCCUACCUUCAGAUCCUGCCCAGCCCCCAAAAUUAAGCUUUCGCCAUUUUCUUUUUGAGAUUUUUCAAUGUCUAUCAUAGUAGAUGUUUCAGCAUGAUAUGCCUUAGUUUAAGAAUAUGGCUCUUAACAUCGUAGCGAUUUGAUGAUGUGGU